CAACAAAUGCGAGAUGCAGGCUGGCAGACCAGCGUUCGGUAAGUCAUCACUGCACACCUUCGUUACAUCGUCCCAAACUUUAAUAACGCCAGAAUGGCACCUGCACAACCCAAGAACAUCGCUAUCGUGGGCGGCUCACUAGGCGGCCUCUUCGCUGGUGUAGCUUUGAAGCACCUACGGAAAGAUCUGAACAUCCGCAUCCUUGAGCGAUAUCCGGCGCCACUGCUUCAUGAUCAAGGCGCUGGUGUGGUCGCCAGCCAAGAUGUACAGGAAUUCUUUAGGAAACAUGACAGGACGAAGACGCCUCUUACAGUUACCAGCCACGAGCGGCUGUAUCUCGACAAGAGCGGGAAUGUUAUUAAUCGCGAGAGCAAAGAGCAACAUAUGACGAGCUGGGACCUGUUGUACCAUCUCUUACGGGCCAAUUUCGAUGGAGUCGAGUCCGAAUAUGCAAAGGCACCUGCAUCAGAGGCGAAUGAAGGGACAACUACGUACGAUUACGGCCACCAGGUCGCCGAUAUCAAUUGCAAAGGCGCAAAUGCUCUGUCAAUCAAGGCAAAUACAUCGACAGGGAACGAAGUCACAAUCGACGCGGACAUGCUUAUUGGCGCUGACGGGCCCAGCUCCACGAUCCGCGGGUUCAUUGACCCCAAGAUCCAGAGGAAGUAUGCUGGCUACGUAGCUUGGAGAGGCACGGUUUCAGAGAAUCAGGUGUCACACUCAGCAAUUGAUGUAUUCGUUGAAAAGUUCCCUUUCUUCCACACCGAGGGUAUUCAGAUCCUUGCGUACACAAUUCCUGGACCAAAUGGCACUGUCGAGCCGGGAAAACGGCUAUUGAACUGGGUCUGGUAUGUCAACUACAAAGAAGACUCACCUGAGCAUAUAGAGCUCAUGACGGACAAAGACGGCAAGAGACAUCAUAUCACUCUUCCACCUGGUGGCAUUCAGGAGAGCCUAUGGGAACGACGGAAGAAGAUUGCGAGCGAGCUGCUACCACCACAAUUCGCAGAAGUAGUCAACAAAACUGAGGUGCCAUUCAUCCAAGCCAUCACAGACGUUGUCAGCCCCGUCGCGGUAUUGCCAGGCGACAGUCGUGUACUUCUGAUUGGUGAUGCACUUGCGGGUUUCCGACCACAUACCGCAGCUAGCACGAACCAAGCGGCAAUGGAUGCCAUGGAGCUUGCCAAGGCCGUCGAUCGAAUUCUUGAAGGUGAGAAAAGAGAUAAGGUGUUGAAGAAUUGGGAGGAGGGUGUCCUUGACUACGCCAAAUCUAUGCAGAAGCAUGGAGUUGACAUUGGCAAUCGUAGUCAGUUUGGUUUUCAUCCGCUCCAAGGGUAAGGAUAGGAA